AUGAGCGUCAAUUUGCAGAAUGUCAACGGUAGACUGGUGACCACAAAUGUCGAGCCUCCGUCCGCCUGGACAAGAGAUUAUGAGGAGAUGGGCGGGGAUAUGAUGUGGGGUCCAGAAGGCGAUGUAUGCGAGCUUCUACGAGCAAUGGGGAUCAACGACAAUGUGCAGCCUCUUUUUACCAUGAAGUCUUACACUGGGGGGGCCAUGUCUCUCCUCGAGGUCGGGAGCGGCAGCUUCUAUUUCUACAAUGCUAGCGAUGAGUCGCUGUACGUCAUCAAUCACCCCUCUGAUCUUAAGUCGAUUGCUGCAUUCAUCGACGAUGAGAAUUUGGGACUGAAUUCGCUCGACAUUGAAGAAUUGUAG